CGGGGGGGCGGGGCGCACCCAGCCAAUAAGGGCUGGGGGCGGGGCGAGGGGCGGCAGAUGCCGGCCGGUACCGGGAGCGGGGAGCAGCAGCAGCAGCGUGCCACCAUGUCGUCCGGCCAGGAUUCUGUUUUCUCUGAGUAUGAGUCUGAUACCAGCCAGACCUCAAAGCUGUUAAAGAAAUUUAAAGAGACACCAUUUGUACCCAUUGGAAUGGCUGGCUUCACCUUGGUGGUUGGCUACGGGCUGUACAGACUGAAGCACAGAGGCCAGUUGAAAAUGUCACUUCACUUGAUUCACACACGUGUGGCAGCCCAGGGGUUUGCUGUGGGAGCCUUAACAAUUGGUGUGCUCUAUUCAAUGUUCCGAGAGCACAUCAUGAAGCCCAAGGAGUAACUGAGAGCUGAUUGAAAUCCCUGUCCUGGUGGUCACCUGUGUACUGCAGCUGCAAACCUCAUAUCGAGGGCUUCUUGAGGGGGAAAAAAAAAUGACACAUUUAUUAGCAAAUUGCCCUAUUUUUGUGGAUGGUACACUGCCUUGAAGCUGGCAGCCUAAAUGAUUGUGCCCUGUGGGAGCGGGUAUCAGGGUUUGGGUCUUUUUGCAUCGGCACAAUCCUAUCACAGUUUUAAGCUAUUAUAGUAGAAUUCAAUCCCUUUAUCUUCCUCUCAGCUCAGUCCUAAAAUUGAUGACUUCUUUUACUGCCGUUGCCCAAAACCACAAAGUCUGAACUAGCUUCUGUCAGGCCCUGGGGAGACCAUUAAGGCCACGCCUGUAAGAUAAUGUUGUGAAGGCUUUGCUGUUAUUUUCUAUUCUGUAUAUUUGUCAGCCUCUGGCUUUGUAAUUUAGAAGCUUCCAGUAGCACUAAAUGACUUCUAAAAUAUUGACAGAUAGAAACAUCUAUUUUUUUUUAAUUUAAGGUGUUUUGCAGCUAUUUAAAUGUUAUAUUUAUUCCUUGUUAGUGAAGACACAGGCUCUCUAUUUUUACUAUAGAUUUUCACAGACUCUUGGAUGACUCUACUUUGUAACUUUUAUUUACGGUGUUCUUCUGAACAACAUUUAAAUGUAACAUUUAAAAUACAUAUUGUGAAAACUAAAAUCUGUCUUUGGUGUUCUAAUGCUUUUAGUUCAAGUAUGCAAUCCAGCUCUGACUUCUGUGAUGUCAUUCCCCGUGGAAAUUUAAAACCAUUUGAUUCAAGAAGCCCCUGUCCACUUGAUGAGGUGUUGAAGCCCUUUCUCUGUAAAUUGCCACUAUUGAUUUACACUCAAACCCCUUGUGUCUCCAACAGCAGUCACAAAAAUAAAUGUGUUAAUAAAGCCUAUUUGUAAAAACCUUA